AUGGCGCAUAUACUCCGGGCAUGGUCAGCGGCAGUGCUGAGAGAUAUUGGGCUGCAAAGUACCAACACGCGCUUACGGGUCGUCGACCUUCUCGCUCGCUCCGGCGCCGUGUCGCCGGUGUGGUCAGAAAAUACAUCAGAUGCCGCCCCAGACCAGCAGCCUCUACUCAGGCAACGGAACCUCUCCCACGUGGGCGACUCCGGUUCUGAAGAAUUCGUCUUGUCCGACGGGCGCAAACUCGGGGUCGCAUACUACGGCGCAAGGAACGGCCACCACGCGGUGUUUUACUUGCAUGGCUACCCCGGCUGUCGACUCUCCGGCGGCGCAUUCUUCGACGCGCCUGGCGUGAGGUUGGGCGCCAGGAUCAUCGCCGUGGAAAGGCCCGGCAUCGGCAACAGCUCUCCUCAGCCCGGCCGCAGGAUGCUGGAUCACGCGGACGACAUACGCGAACUGGCGGAGCAUCUGAACCUCCAAUCCUACGGCGUCAUCGGCGUGUCGGGCGGCGGCCCGUACGCAUUGGCGUGCGCCUAUUCCCUCCCAGAAGAAAACCUGAAGGGUGUCUCUGUCAUUGGCGGAAUGGGCCCGAUCGAUGUCGGCACUAAGGGCAUGAACUGGGGCAACUGGCUCACUUUCAAAGGGCUGAUGUAUUUCCCGGCUAUAAUUCGCUGGCUGCAGACCAAAGUGAUGGCUGUGCUGAACAGCGUGUCUAACGAGAAGAUGGUCGAGCUAGUUCGCGACGGACUUUCGAAGAAGUCGUACAGCUGGGCAAGUCCGGACCUACCAACUCUGAGGGAUCCUGAGAUUCUCACCAUCAUGCUCGAUUCCUAUCGGGAGCAUUACAAGCAGGGCGUGGACGGGCACAUGGAGGAUGGCCGGGUUUUGACGAGCGACUGGGGGUUUCGCCUCGAGGAUAUGCGCUCCUCUAUACCAAUUCAGCUGUGGUAUAGUAAAAAGGAUACGAAUGUCCCGUUCCGGAUGGGCGAGGCGAUCGCCUCGCGUCUCAGCUCUCCUCCGGACUUCUACGUCAAGGAAGACGAAACACACCUGAACCUUGUACUCAAGUACAGUGCCGACGCUCUAGAGCGGCUGCUUAAGAAGCUUUGA